AUGUCAUCUCUAUUUAUUGGCAGGCACAGCCGUUGUGAUCAUAUCUGUUACUCUAUACUCGCAACAACAAAAGGAGGAAGAAGAACAUGGUCAUUUUUCGUUGGAUUGCUACCAUCAGCAUUCACUCUCACAGGUUAUGUUAUGAUACCAUCGAUGUGUGAACAAGUUCAAAGUCUAGAGCUCGAAGUGCCGAAAGCAAUUGUAUAUUCCGUUAUUGCUGCUGGAAUGACUGGUAUUAUUUAUCUCAUUCCUCUUCUCUUCGUUAUGCCUAAUGUUAAUAAACUACUUUCCAUACAAACAGGUCAACCAAUUGCUUAUAUUUCUACUCAAGCUGGUGGGUUCAGUCUUAUGUGCUUAAUCUUUGGUGUCCAAUUUUUUGCUUCAUUCUAUUCAUCGGCUGCAUUCAACGUAUUCACAGGUGCUGCGACUUCACCUUGGCAAACUCGGCUGUGGUGA